CCCUUAUGUGUCUGGGACUGGAGGGUUGAAGCAUAUAUGUUUCAUUAGCCUGAGAGACAUUAUCAACACUGUCUUCCACUUGCCUUCCCUUGAGAAUUCUUCUUGUACUGUAUACCUGAUUGCUCAGACCUAUUUCUGCACGGACUUUUAAAUUUUCCUUAGCUGGACUGAGGAGGGGAAAAGAGAGCCAAGACCUUAAGGAUUACUAAAGACUCAAAAGAAGUCAAGAUGUUGAUCACAAUGCUAACUGCCAUGUAUGUGAUGGUUAAAGUUGUAGAAUCGAUUGCAGUCCAAUUUGCACAGCAAGAGGAGCCGUUGCCUUACAUGGUAUCUCAGCCUUUGCCUUGGCAAGUUCACUCAGUGUCUCACAGCCGAAGGAGCAGCAAAGCAGAAGAGUUCGAUGGCUACAGGAGGAACAGCAUAGGUGUAUACAGAAAGAGCUCCAGUACCAGCAAUGGCACAUGUGGCACACCUUUGGUUCCUCCUCUGAGCCCCAUUGAGGUUGAAAAAGCUGCCUCUACCAUUCAGAGCCACUACAGGAAGUUCCAGCAGAAGAAACAUAAGAAUGACAAAUAGACGGAUGCAGAGGAUCACUGUUGUGGAUGCAGCAACUUUCAAAGGAAAGAAGAAGCAGGCAUGCUGAGCGGAUUCACCUCAGGUUAUGCAUAACAGCCUAUAAAUAAAUUAACAUAUUCUGAAAUCUAGAGUAGUCCUAAAAUUACGUCAGAGGAAGAUAAACAGUAACAUAAAGCAAUAGCCUUCAUAACAAACAUUGCUUGUUGUACAUUAAGUAUUGAAGAUGAUAA